AUGAAACGGAGAAUAACCCUUCUUCAGCCUUUGGGCGCCCCAUUCGAGCCACACCAAGCAGUUCUAUCGUCUAGCAAUUUCGUCAUCCGCGACCUGCACGCCGCGCGCCAUGAUCGCAUCACACUAGGCCUUGACGACCUUCCCGAGGAGCUUAGCAAUGUCGUCGAAAGUUCUCAUGAGCUUCACCUCCGCUGGGCGACGGAGGAGCCCUUUGACGCCAUCGCGCCGUUCUCCAGCAGAGUCUCGCCCGGUCUCCAUGUGCAUUAUACCCCUCUGGUUUCUGGUAAAUCAUCUGCUCCGCACUGUGUUCGGGCGGAUGAGGGGGACCGGGACGGAGUUGGCUGCACCAGCCCCGAGAAGUCUUUCACUACGCACCCGCUUCGUUCGACACGAUUUGCGACCUCGGCCUCCCUCCAUUACUACACGCGCCUCCCCUCUCUCCAAUCCUUAGUCGGCUUUAUCCGGCGCACAGUCUGCCACCAACGCCAGGGAGGUGCAAAGUGCCAUUAUCUAGCCGAUACCCUUCUCACGGCCGAUGUCGUCGAUGUCGACUAUGACAGCACGUCGCACACUUUGUCUAUAUCGGGAUUCUGGAGUUCAUCUCCUACUGGCGGCUGGGUCGAAGAUAUUGGAAAGCCUACCGCGGAUGACGAGGUUGAAAUCGGCCUCCUAGGAGUCGAGCCUGGAGGUGAACCUGAUUUGCUUAAGGCAGGCGGGCUAUUAGGAAAGAUUGGAGAAGAUAAAAAGCUCACACCGGUGAUGUUUGACUUCCCUUCGCGUCAUUAUCCGCUCGCCGAAACAGCUACAUACAGCAUCUCGUUCUCCCAGCCAACAGGGCUUCAUCCGGAGAUGUCAAUCUCUAUCCCGCAUUCUGCUCUACAACAACCCCCGGCACUCAAAGACUCCACAUGUGCACUGCACACAUAUCUCACCCUCCCAUCCUCGGUGUUCAUUGAUCAAUAUCAAGUCGGCACGGAAGACCCUCUUUUCCUUCAAGAGCACAAUCUCGUCGCCGUCCGUGCAUUCUCCGGCGAAACAGACCUCGAGGCGCCAGAUUGGGCCGUAGAUCGCUGGGGUUCAACUUGGCUCGUCGAGCUCGCGACGCCCUCUGUUGAUAAUUCAUAUCCCGCAUCUAACUGGACCUCAACGAUCCCUAUGCACCUCCGAUAUCUCAACCCCUCAGAGUCCGGAUAUCGAUCGGCAGCCGUGCCCUGGCCCGUCGUGUUUUGGGCGUGCAGCAUAGAAGAAGAGAGUCAAAUAGGUAAAACCCCCUUUGAUCGGACUAAUUUGGGCUACGAUAAGCUCUUCGGACCACGGACGAUCUUCUAUCAGCUCCAUCCGGCGUCUCAGCACCUUGUCGAGGAAUUAGAUCUGAAGGAUGGUGAAGGUCUCUUCCAGGCUCGGAACAUCGAGCUGGGGACAAGCGUUGUCAUUGUUCUUGGUUUCUUGUGGAUAAUCUGGCGCUUGGCUCGUGUAGUUUGGGCGACUGGCCUCGGCGCGAACGAAGUGAAACGGCCUGAGGUGCAUGAGAAGAAGGAAUAG